GUCAGUCAUAAUUCGAACUUCAUCUCGUAAACAAUUAUUCGCUUUUACUGUCUCUCUUACGCGAAUAUUUAUUAAUUAUAUAAUUGGAAUUGUUUUUUAUUUGUAAAUUAAGAUAAAGAAAAAUAAAAAAUGCGCGUUGCAGUUGUCGGAGCAGGUGUUAUCGGAUUAACGAGUGCAUUUGCAUUGAAAGAAAAUAAUCCUGAGCUACAGGUGACUAUAUUUUCGGAUAUUUUUUCACCAAAUACAACAGGUGAUGGAAGUGCUGGUCUUUGGGGACCAUUUUUACUCGGUGAUACUUCGAAAGAAGAUAUUUUAAAAUGGGCCGGAAAAACGCAUCGUUUGUUUGAACAAUUUUGGAAAUCUGGUCUAUCUAAAGAAAUUGGGCUCUCCCUUUUACCAACAACUCGUGUCACCAGUGAAAUAAAUAAUGAUUUAUCAUGGCUACAACUAGUUUAUGGUGUUCAUCAUUUAACUACGGAUGAAUUAACAAAAUUGAACAAGGAACAUAAAGCCAAUUAUGUAAAUGGUUGGAAUUUCGUGACAUAUACUUGCGAGCCUACAUACUUUUUACCUUGGCUGACGAAUAAAUUUGUCGCAUUGGGUGGCGAACUGAAGAGAAGAAAGAUUCGUGACUUAGGUGAAUUAAUUGAGGAAGGCUAUGAAAUUGUUAUAAAUUGCAGUGGUCUUGGUGCACGAGAACUCGUCAAUGACGACACUAUGACAGCUGUGAGAGGUCAAGUUUCUAAGGUAAAGGCACCAUGGGUGAUGCAUUGUAUCCUGGUGGACGACGAUCAUUGCAAUUAUAUCAUACCAAAUAUAAAUAAUGUCGUCUUAGGUGGAACUCAUCAAGUAAAUGAUUAUGAUCUUCGUGUACGAGAUGAGGAUUCUAAAUUUAUUUACGAAGGAUGUCAUCGUAUGAUUCCAUCUUUAAAGAAAGCUGAGAUUAUAAAAUCAUGGGUUGGCCUGCGACCUGGAAGACCAAAAGUUCGUUUAGAAUCAGAAAUUUAUAUCCGAAAAAAUGGUAAAAAGUGUCACGUGAUUCAUAAUUAUGGUCAUGGUGGUGCUGGUUUAACUUUGAGCUGGGGAUGUGCACUCGACGUUGUUGAAAUUGUUCAAAAUCUCAAUCGAAAUAAAAAUCAAAUUUCUAAAUUGUAAUAUUUUUUAAAUAAAAUUGUAAAUAAAAACUGUAUGAAUAAAUGAGCUAAUAAUAAAAAAAAUCCU